ACGUCAGACCCCGCCCACGUACAGCGCUCAAAGAUGUUUAUGUGUCAAGAGAAUUCAAAACCGACAGACGACUGGGUUAUAAACACUAUAAACACUCAAGAUAAUUAGCAAAAUAUAACCCGCUCUUGUCCUUUUAUGACAGAAUAGAGUAGACUCCUAUUGGUAAUUGCUACAUUGCACUAUUUUUUUUUUCUUUUGUUACUAUAUUCUGUGCAUUUAUUACUUUAGCCGGUGGAUAGCGGGGCUCAGCCAAUCAAAUCGUAGGAGUAGGACAGACAGGCUUCCGGCCUAAACAACGACAACACAACUCUGAAAGACGAAGAGGAGAAACUAUUACAAAUAUACCUCUUCCUUGUUUUAUUUCAUGCGGCCAGUGUCAACAUUGAGGACUUGGCAAUUCAUCAAAGAUGACAUCUGCUCACUGAGGUGCUGAGCCCUCACUUACACAGCCCUCAGUUACACCAACCUUAGGUGAGCUCUGUCCCUGGAGUGAUAACCUACUGAACUACCAACAUGGAAACGGAUUCAGAUGUCAUUCCCAUCUGGCAAAAUAAGCCCCACGGAUCCACACGUAGUGUUGUGAGAAGAAUAGGCUCUACUCUUCCUCUCAAACCUCCUCAGAGGGCAUGUUUUCAGGAACUACCAGGCCUUCCCCCUCUCCGUCCUUUGGAUGGACCCAUAGUUCCUACUUUAGCAGAUAUAGCUUGGAUUGUUGCAGAUGAAGAGGAGACGUAUGCAAGAGUCAGGAGUGACACCCGUCCACUGAAACACGAGUGGCGGCCGACUCCCCUUCUAGUUCUUCAUAGAAACUCCUCUGUGCCCAACUUCAGGCGUGAGGGCUUAAAAAGAAUGGAGGGCCUUAAAAAGCCUGGUGUUACCGCUUUGAACCGGACCACAGCUCUGCAGGAUGAACUGAGCAAACUGAGGGCACAGAUCGCUAAGAUUGUGGCAAAUGACACAGGUUCUAACCCCCUGACGCCUGACUUGUUGUCUCCUGAUGACACCAGUAUGAGUUUCUCCUUGGCUCCGUUUGAGGCCACUUCCUACCAGCCUGCUGCCACAGCUGCUGCCUCUUUUGUCAUCAGUGAUGUUACUGAAGAGGAGGAGGAAGAGGAGGAAGAUAAGGAUGUGGUCUCCAUGGUGUCGGAACUUGUGCCUGAUCCUCUGCCACCUGUUUCCAUGACAGCGUCUGCCACUUUUGACCUGGACAGACCCAGCAUGGACUUUAGGGAGGCAGAGGAGGACACUGUAUCUCUGUCCAAGUCCACCAGCUUUGCAGAUGUUAUGGACAUCUUAAAGGAUAUGAACCGUAUGAAGAUGAGCAAAGACAGAUACAACAGGGGAUGUACAUCACUGAGAGAAGAGGAUUCAGCAACCCUAAUUUCUGAAGCUCUAAAAAGAAAAUUUGUUCUGAAAGAUGAUGAUACUGCAGGUGGAAAACGGAAAUAGCCUGAUCUCAAAUGCUGUCUGCUCCAUGUCUCUAUUCAUGGAUUACAUGGAUCAACAUAAACCUCUAAGCCAAGGAAACUUAACAGCUAGAAAAGCCCACACUAGCUCCCAGUUGCUAAAAACAAUAAAGGAACCCAUAGUAGAAGCAAUCCUCUUCAGAUGUGCUGUAGUACAGAAGGGACAAAGCCUGACUGGACAUACAUCUGCUGUCUGUGGAUUUCCACUAGAGCAUGGAUUUUUAUCUUCAAUUAUACUUGAAGAUAUGUAAAGUGUGAAUAAUCAGUUCAGAAGUUUGGAAGAGUGCAAAUGUGUACAAUGUGUUCUCUGCUUGUUCUUUGGCACUAGGUAUGUCUGUUCUUACUGUAUCAUUCUGAGCCCUGCACUCAAUGGAAUGCAUUCAAAUGUGCUUGGUGGAGCCACUUUAUUUUGAUACUUCAUUGAAUUAAGUGCCAUUGGUUUGUUGUGAACCCCACAAUCUUUGUACUCUUUUUUGUUUUAUUUUUAAACUUUUUUUUAAUGAUUUCACCUUUAGUGUUUAAAUCCUUCAAAGUUCUUGCCGAUUUCAAUGUCAUCCCCUCCCCCAAGUUUCCAUUUGACGUAUGACUUGUUGUUUGAACAAAACUGAACUUAAAACUCUACCCAUUAUUUAUCAUUAGCUGAUGUAUGUAUUUGACUUUUAUGAAAUAUUUCAUUGGGUGGUUGCUAGCACGUGUUAAAAAAUGGUGAGAAAAGAACUCUUGUGGAUCUGCUCCUUUUGACAUGGUUUUUGUUUUUAGUAACAUAUCCAUUUUGGGAAGUUACUCGUUUUGGUUGUACUGUCCUGAAGCUGAGCUCACCGCCCUUGCUUGUUCUAAUAAUUUGUAAAUAAAGAUGGGUCGAAGUUUCAAA